GUUAAGGUUGUAUAGAAACAGCUGGUCGCCAGCUUCCCGGGUGAUUUUCACGUGUCCGUUGACGGCUAGGACAGAAGACUACAGAACACCGGAUAACGACGGAUAAAUAAUCACAUUUGACGCUGGUGUUAUCCGAAACCAAGCGCGAGCUUCACCAAGUUAACAGCUCCUCGUGCACGCAGUCAUUCCCCGCGUUUGCAGCCUUCUGCGCAGCUGCACGCGCUCGGGGGGUGAGGGUGUGUCGCGGCGGUAAGUGUCUCCGCAAGUGCGGCCGCAACAAAACCUAUAAACUGUAAAGUUGGAUUGUAAAUCGGGGAAGGAGGAUCACGCAGCCCACGAUCAGCAAGGCUUCACCCUGUUACUCUGCCAUUGUAAUGAAUCGCGUCUCCGGUUACGUUUAGGAGGAAUCUGGGCCGGUACUGUGGUCGCACCAUUGCAGCUUUCUUGCCCACUGUUCCAGUGUCCAGGAUGAUCCCAGUAACGGACUUUCAGAAGCUGGCCACAGACCAUAACCCCCAGUUCCGUGCUCUGAAGCCUUGGUGGGAUGUGCUCACAGAAUAUCUGUGCGUCGCCAUGCUCAUGAUGGGUGUUUUUGGUUGCACCGUUCAGCUAACCCAGGACAAGAUCUUCUGCCUCCCGAGCCGCCCGUCUUCUGAAUCCCCUGAAGAAGUUGAAUGUAGGCAGCCGGCAGAACGUUCUGAAGUGAACGGCGUUUGGAAGGACACUGACGCCAAGGGUCAUAACUUUACAUCACGUGAAAUGUUUGGCCGAAAAAAUCACCUGGACAUUCACCAGUAUAUCUUUGUUAACAAUUACUGCUACGAGACAGCUGUGCACUGGUAUGGUAAAUAUUUUCCCUACCUGGUGGUAGUCCAGACUAUGCUGUUUAUGAUUGCCAGUAGCUUCUGGUUCAAGUUUCCCGGGACCUCUUCCAAGAUUGAGCUAUUUGUCACCAUCCUGGGAAAGUGCUUCAAUUCCCCCUGGACUACGCGGACAAUCAGUGAGGUGUAUGAGGAGGGGGGCGAGGAGAGCUUAGUCAUGUGGAAGAGGAAUAUAAUGUCAGAAUCUGAUAGAAAAGAGAGCCUGAUUGAUGAUGGUGAGAAUGUUCACCUGCUUAAACCGGCCUCUCUUAAAUCCAACCAAGAGAAAAUGGCUCCUCAACAAAAGUCACCUUUAUCUCUCUUGGACAAGAAAGAAGGGGAGCAAGCUAAAGCUCUGUUUGAAAUAGUGAAGAAGCUCCGUGCACAUAUAGAGGAAGCUGACUUGUUGUACCGGAUGUACGUGCUUCAGACCUUCAUUAAAAUGUUAAAGUUUGUCGUCAUCACUGUAUACAGUGCCUUCCUGGUACCCAGUAUUCAGAUUGUGGUAAAAUGCUCAGUUCCCAAAGAGGUGACUGGUUUUAACAUCUACUGCUGCAACUAUGUCAAAGCCCACCUUUUUUCCAAGCUGGCCUAUUGCUAUAUCUGCUUUGUUGGGGUGUACGGCCUGUUGUGCAUCUAUACCCUUUACUGGCUCUUCCAUCGGCCACUCAAAGAAUAUUCCUUUGAAAAUGUACGUAUGGAGACUAGCAUCAGUGAUAUUCCUGAUGUCAAAAAUGACUUUGCCUUUCUGCUGCACCUCUGUGACCAGUACGACCCCUUGUACUCCAAGCGGUUCUGCAUGUUCCUCUCUCAAGUCAGCGAGAGUCGGCUGCGGCAAGUCAACCUUAAUCACGAGUGGACUGUGGGCAAACUUCGGAGGUGCCUCUCUGUAAAUGCCAGCAAAAGGCUGGAGCUGCACUUGCUGGCUCUCCCAGGACUGCCGGAUACUGUCUUUGAGGUCCCAGACGUGGAGUCCCUCAAACUGGAGCUGAUGAAUGACAUCACCAUCCCAGACAGUAUCUUCCAGCUCAUGUUCCUCCAGGAGCUCAGUCUGCUUCAUUGCCCAGUCAAGUUGCAGCCGACGGCGCAGAACCACCUUCGAGAGCACCUCAAAGUACUGCGGCUCACUUUCAAAAGCCCAGAACAGAUCCCUCCUUGGGUAUAUACACUUCUAGACCUGGAGGAACUGCACCUCGCAGGACCCCUGACCCAAAGCACCUCCCUCGAAGACUUGAGUAAGCUCAGAAACCUGCGGAUUCUGGCCCUCCGCAGCCAGCUCUCCAAAAUCCCAUUGAGUGUGGGCAAUAUUUGGUGGCUACAGAAACUCACCAUUCACAAUGAGGGCAGUCCAUUGCGUGCUUUCCACAGCCUCACAAAACUGACUGACCUGACCUCCCUAGAGCUGGUGGGCUGUGACCUGGAACGCAUCCCCAGAACCGUCCUUGGCCUGACUAAUCUACAGCAGCUGGACCUGCGGGAGAAUAAGUUGAUGACGAUUGAAGAGAUCCUCAGCCUGCAGCACUGCCGGAACCUGGUCACCCUCCGGCUGUGGCACAAUGCCAUCCUGUACAUCCCUGAGCACAUCGAUAAGCUUGUCUCCCUUGAGUCACUCAAUCUCAGCUGGAACAGGAUUCGCAGCCUCCCAACAGGGCUUUUCUACUGCACCACACUGCGCCAUCUGAACCUCUCCCAUAACCAGUUGUCUUCCCUUCCCCCAGAGGUAGGCAUUCUGCAGUGCCUCCAACACCUCUCCCUUGCCUCCAACUCACUGGGCUCACUUCCAGAUGAGCUCUUCUCUUGCAAGCACCUGAAAAGCCUCGUCCUGGCAGACAAUAGCCUGGCCUCCCUUUCUCCUCUUGUGUCCAGCCUGAGCCAGCUGGUGCACCUGGAACUCCAAGGGAAUCGGCUUCAGUUCCUGCCCCGCGAAGUAGGGGCCUGCUCUCUGCUGAAGCUCAGUGGCUUGGUGGUAGAGGACAGACUCCUCGACCUGUUGCCCUCUGACAUCAGGAAUCGGAUGAGUGACACUUAAAACAAAAACGUCCAAAAAGAUUUUAUAUCGAAAAAGCAGGAAGACAUUUUGUCUGUUGGCCCUGCAAUUGUAUGUAUAUUUAUCAGGUUCUAUAAACUUACCUCUUAAUAUUUGUGUAGGCAGCAGUUUGGGAACCUCUUUCAAUGAUAUUUUUCUCUUUUUUUUUUUUUUACAUGUGUAGAGACACAAUAUGCCAACAACCUGCUGUACUGAAAAACUGGCACGUUGAGUAUUUGUUGUCUGACAAGGGCGUAUUUUGUCAGUGAGGCCUGCAUGUGAGGUGUAUUUAAAUAAACUAUGCUGCUGUGCCCUUUUCACCUGAAUUGGAUUUGUUGUGAGUUUGGCGGUUUUCUGUCAAACGCAAGGCAAUAUCCAAAACACUUCAGGGAAACUGGUUUUUUUGGUUGAAGAUUGAGUUUUUGCCAUAAAGGACUGGAGAACUGAAUUCUUGCUUGACCAUGGAGGUUCCAAACCUCUCUACUGCAAUGACCAUGACAGGAUAAAUUACUAAGCAUUUUGGCAUGUGUUCAGACCAUUGCAACUUGUGGAUAUUUUUUAUAUAGUCAAUGAACCGUAAUUGUACCAGUUUAACUAGAUUGUGUCGAGCUCAAAACUUUAAAGGUUAAUGAUCUUGAAUGUAUAUCGAUGGCUUGGAUAGAUCUGCAAAUAGUGCUUAACUUGACUUGAAUUAGCAAGCACCCUCUUACCAUCCAAACUCAAAACAGAAAAAAAGUGAUGUGGAAACCAUUGACACUAUUAGCUGUUAAAAAUGUCUCCACAUUCUGUUUUUCAGGCAUUGCUUUUCAGGUUUUGCCGGUCUUUGUGAGAGCAUAUACUGUAAGAUAAAACGUUACCACUCA